AUGCAGCAGUUUCUCGAACAGGUCCGUGCCGACCUGAAGUCGCAGACGACCGUCUCGGCCCACUGCGUGUUGAAGGGGCAGGUCCAACGUGACCUGAAGUUGCAAACGGCCGCCAUCAAGACAUACCUCGGCUCGGUCCACGGCGAGCUGAAGGAGCAGAUGGCCGCAAACAAAACAGACCUUGACAAUGUCAACAGCUUCGCGACUGCGCAGCUGAGCGGCGAGGCACCCAUCGAAUAUCUCGAGCGGAUCCGCGAAGAGACGACGAUGCAGAAGGCCGCCGCCAAGACAGACCUCGACCAGGGCACCAACCACUUGAGGGAGCAGAAGGCCGAGCUCUCAGCAGAUCUCGACAAGAUCAAUUGCCAGGCGAAGGAGUUCGAAGUGAAGCUCGGCGCCGAGCUCGUUGAGCUCAAGAGCUCCGCGCUGGACACCGCCCACCCGCCGGUCGCGCCCUGCCUCCAUGCCAAGGGCGCCGAGGGGCUGCCGCCGGGGCGGUUAGAGGCGCGCAUCGGGGCGCCUUCGGGCGCGUCUCGGAAGCUGCUCCAGCAUCGGCAGCGCCGGCCUCUCCGAGUCUGGCUGCUGGGGGCGCCGGUGCCGCUGCGCGUGGCGGUCGUCGCCGGGGGCCUGGGCAUCCUGCUCGGCGACCUCGCGGUGCUGCUGGUGCGGGCGUUCGACUGCGCGCGCCUGGUGUCGGUGCAGAUCUGCUCGCUGAUCCUCGCCUCCCUGGGCGGGGUGAAGUAUCUGGUGCUGUCCCCCAACGAGGGCAUGAGUGAGGAAGAGAUCGACAUGCGCAGCGUGUUGGACUUCGGACAGGCGGGCACGCGGGGCGGCCUGCCGACCGGCCUUAGGGCAGCGAAGGGCCAGCCGGACUACCGCUUCAAGGAGCGGCCGCGCGGCGCGGCGCUGCAGUCGUGGAUCAUGGUCAGGCUGGCGCCGGGCGAGACCGCGGACGAGGCCGCGCGGGCCUUCGUGGCGACCGCGGCGCUGGAUGCUGUCAGGGGGAUGCCGACGCCGCCGCCCGCGGAGGGCGCCCGCGCGCUCGAGAUCAAGCGGGGCGCGGCCUGCCGCUGCUUCGGGGACCUGAAGAGUGUGGUAGACUCAUCGGGGCUGUGCGAGUUCGAGGACUGGGUGCUGUCUGGGCCCCGGACCACUUUGUACGUGGAGAAGGAGAUUGCCAAGCAGAGCGGGGGCCCGGUCCAUCGCCAUGCUGCUUGGAAGCACGAGAACAAGCUCGACGAUGAUGAGCAGGGCGUGGUGGCCCACGAGAUGCUGUCAGAGAGUUUGGAGCUGGCUUGCACGCACGGCCAGGUCGACGCUACCAACCUGGCGAGCUGGGAGGAGCUCGCGAGGCAUUUGCAGGUCUUGGGGCACAAGACCAAGAAGAAGAAGGAGACGAUCAAGGAGUUCGAUGGUCAGGACUACUGCUUGGGCCGCGCCAGGAGGACGAGGGGGGCCAUCAUCGGUCUGGAGCUGCUGAAGUGGGUCGCGGAGUCCGCGGCCCGGGACUCGGCCAAUCUGAAGGAGGAGCGCAAGGCUACGGAGGAGAUCGGCCGCAGGUCUGCUGUGGGCCGCCGCGUGAACGACUGCAUCGCCGCCCUGAACAAUCUGCACGGGGAGGGCGACUUUUGCUCGAAGGCCCGUCCUUCGGAGGCACAAUUUUCUGCUGUGGACACGCUCUGGCAGGCUGUGUCGGGCGACAAGCCGCCGGACAACGCCCCCAGCCCCGAGGCAGCCCUCGUGGAGUUGCUCGGCACGGGUAGUCUGGGCUACGGCUCUGACGGCCCCACUGUGGUUGCGCCGCAUGAUCGCGGCCUGGUUUCGUGGCCUGAGUCGGCGGGCUGCGUCAGCUUGCUGGAGGUGCUGCCGGAGCCAGACCGCCAGGAGGUGAUCGACGGUAAGAAUUCGAUGAUGCUUCGCGCUGAAGAGGUUCGCCCAGGCGCCACCAAGGUGUACUGGGAUAAGACCUUGCAAUCCAACGCAGACGAGUACAUGCGGUUCGUGCAGGACCUGCUGGACCGCGGCAUGGUGGAGCUGCGGACUCGUCGCGAAUUUGAAGUGGGAGUGUUUUUCGUGAGGAAGAAGUCGGGCCGCCUGAGGCUCAUAGUGGACGCUCGAGCUGUCAACCAGGCGCUGAAGCGGCCGCCGACGAUCCACAUGGCGUCCACCGCGGCGCUGGUGAACAUGGAGGUCGAGGGCGGCGCCCAGCUGGAGUUCUCGAUCCAGGACAUCGCAGACUGCUUCUACCAGUUUCGCGUGCCGGACUACAUGGUGCCGUGGUUUGGCAUGCGCCCUCUUAGGGCAAGGCAGCUGGGCGUGAAGGUGGUCGACGGCCUCGCGGUCUCAGAGGGGGCGUGGGUCUACCCAUGCCUGCGGGUGCUGCCCAUGGGCUUCGCGUGGGCCAUGCGCUGGACGCAGCAGGCGCACCGCGAGCUGCUGCGGCGAGGGGGCCUCGGUGGCAUCGAGAGCGAGCUGGUGGACAGGCAGAUCGCUCCAAGCGUGGACUCGCCUCAGGUGCCGAGGGUCGUCUACGUGGACAACGAGAUCUUCGUCUCGUCGCGACCGGGUGCCACCCGGGGUGCGAGAAGGCAGGCGGCCAAGGUGAUGGCCGAGGCUGGGCUGCCGCUGCGCGAGGUCGAGGAGAGCAAGACGGUCGUGGAGGCGCUGGGCCUGGAGCUGGACGGCAUCAAGCUGCGGGCCCGGCUGGCACGGGCCAAGCGCUGGAGGUCGAGCAGUUUCACGCAUGCCAUGCUGCUGAAUCGCCCCGCGUUGUGCGUCUUCCGCUCGGCCUACGACUUUGCCCGGAAGCACUACAGGGCGCCUGUGCCGCUCUGGCCGUCGGUGCGGCAAGAACUGGCUAACGCGCUGCACCUCGUGCCGUUGCUGGCCGUCCAGUUCGAUCUGCCGUGGUCCGGGCGCGUCACCUGCUCCGAUGCCACGCUGCGCGGCUACGCGGUGCAGGAGGCUGACAUGGAACCGUCGGCCGUGCGGGAGGUCGGACGCUGGAGUGAGCGCUGGCGCUUUCGCAUCCAGUCGACCUUGCGCCCGCGCGAGGUUUACAUCAUGUACACCCAGCCAUGCCUCUACGGGUUCCUGAAGGCCUUAGUGGAGCCCCUCGUCGUCAAGCGCUUCUGGAUCUACCUCUGGCUGGUGCUCUUGGGGCCGCUGGGGCCGCUGCGGAAGGAGUUCCCAGAGAUCCCAAAGGGGUUCAUCAGCGAGGGCUCGUGGAGGACCAUCCAGGCAAGGCGGCUGCGGCGGCGCUGGAUGCCUGGCGACGGCGGCCCGCUGGAGAGGCAGCCGAGGGGGCGUGCGGUCGGGACUGGUGGGCUCACGACGCUGGAGCAGGAGGGCAUCGCCCAAGCGACGAGGCAGGACUACGAGAGAAGGCUGGAUCGGUUCGACGUCUUCUGCAGGACCCACGGGCUCACCACGGCGAGCGACGUCGAGUUGAAGAAGGCCGUGGGGGAGUACAUGGAGCUGCCUUUCAACCAGGGAGAGCCGUCGAGCAGCGGGGCCAAGCUGCGGGCCGCGAUAAGGCAUCGCGGCCCAGGGCUGCACCAUGCGGGCAGGCAGCUGAAGCUGCCCCGCAUGGCGAGGGCGCUGCAGGGCUGGCGGGGGCUGGUGCGGCCGCUGGCGUGGGCGCCAGCGCCUUGGGCGGCGCUAGCGGCCCUCGCGGUGGCCCUGAUCGACCUCGGCCAGCGGCGAGCGGCCCUCGGCGUGAUGCUCGCGGCGGACGCCUACCUGCGCCCGAGGGAGCUGCUGACCCUCCGGGCGGACCACAGGGUGCUGGCGCAGCCGCGUGCUGGGGGCGACUACCGCUUCACGUCCCUGGAGCUGAGGCCCAAAAAGGAGCUGCAGUCAGCCGCGACCAAGGGCUUCAGCGACUCGAUCCUGCUCAACAGCCCCGCAAAAUCUUUUGUCGGGCCCCGGCUGGAGCAGAUCGUUUCCCAGUCGCAGCCGGUGGAUCUCCUCUCUCCAUGGUCGGGCGCGGACUUCAAUGCCAUGUUCAAGGUAGCAGCCGCGCUCUUCGGUCUCAAGAGCUGGGAGUUGACGCGCCGCCGGGCCUCGCUCCACCGCGGCCGACAAUUGCUGCUGGCCGAGGCCGACCAGCUGCUCGAGGGCGCCCUGGGCGACGGGCGCACCAACGGCUUCGCGCG